AGUCCGUUGGCGUCUCGGAUCCACUGUCCGUCGCCGUUGGGCGACCCCUGCAGCAGUUGCUAUUCCAGCGACGAGCGGUCCAUCGGCGGCGGCAAACCGUCGCCCCAGGGCCCCGUGUGCUCGUCCACACCGACGCCCCAGCACCAGCAACAGCACUCGUCAUCCUCGACAGUGUCGUCUCCUUACGGUCCCACCACGGGUUUGUCCACCCCGUUGAGCGGCUAUUGGCAGACCAAGAACGGCGGCUCUGCGUCCGGCGGUCGAACUUCGCCCGGGGAUUUGGGCUACCAUACGCUCGUGACUCGGGGUGGCGGCGGUGGUGGUGGUGCCGGCGCCCUGUCGGCGUCUGCGGGGCCCCCAGUGGAUGUCGGGCUGCCUUUGGGGUUGAAUUUGACCCAUGGGUUGAGCUCGAACGUGCAGCAGAACAAUUCUCCUUCUUGCAGUCCCUGGGCGACGGAGACGACGUGCGUGCGGAACAUGCCGCCGCCAGUCGUGCCUCGUGGAUCCAACUACCCCAUCACGCUGACCAUGAACAUGAUGGACCCGCCGGUGGGUGCCCACCGACCGGCGCCACCGACGCCACCAGGCCUGGAGAUCUCCGCGUUCGACACUCUGUCUCCGUCGCCGCGCGGACGCCGACCCAUCACCACCACCACCACUCCUGGCGGCGGUAUAGUGACAAGUGGCGGCGGCGGUAUCGGGAUGUUUGGCAAGUCGUCGACGAGCAAACGACUGCAUCACCGCAGCGGGAAGCUGUCACACUUUGACCGCCUAGCUGACGACCUGAUCCUCAAGAUAUUCUCGUACUUGUCGACCCAGGAGUUGUGCUCCUGUGCUCGGGUCUCGAGGCGGUUUUACCACCUGGCCUGGGACCCCAAGUUGUGGACGACCAUUUCGCUGAAUGCCGAGACUGCCAACCCUGACCGGGCUCUCAAGGUAGUCGCUGUCCGAAGCGCAUUAAUUACCCGCAGCGGGUCGUGCUUCGGAUUCCGAUCGCCCCGGAAUGAAGGUGACAUUCCGCGGCUCGCGACGACGCGAUUCGGGUUCCCGACUGGUCCAGAGAAAGCCAGCCACGUUUUAGCCGCCUGA